AUGACGGUGGGCUCAGAGCUCCCCGCCCGCCCGGCCGCGGUCCUGAUCCUGAUCCUGGUCCUGAUCCUGAUCCUGAUCCUGGUCCUGAUCCUGAGCCGGGGCUGGGUGCCGGGGCCGGGGCCGCCUGACGCUGUGUGCCCACAGGGCCCGGAGCUUUCCCGGGAGGAGAAGCUGCAGCUGCGGAAGGAGAAAAAGCAGCAGAAGAAGAAGAAGAGGAGCGAGAAGGGGCCGUCGGCCGAGCCCCCGGAGCUGGGUGCAGCCCCCGAGCCGGGUGCUGCUCAGCCUGCAACCCCCUCAGCCUCUGCUGAUGGCCCCGGCGAUGGCGAGAAACCCGCGGGGGGCAAGAGCAAAGCAGAGCUGCGAGCAGAGCGCCGGGCCAAGCAGGAGGCUGAGCGGGCCCAGAAGCUGGCCAGGAAGGCAGAGCUGAGCCAGGCAGCCACAGCGACCAAGCCCCGGCAAAGCCCCACCGAGCCCCAGUCCAUGGUGAAGCGGCUGCCGGAGCACGUACAAGUGGAUGACCCCAGUGCCCAGAGGAAGUUGGCCAAGAAGCUGGAGCGGCAGCAGGUCCCUCUGAGGCAGGACUAUGGCACCAAGGUUAACCUGUUCUCCCACCUUCACCAGUACAGCCGGAAGAAGCCGCUGACGCAGCAGAUGAGCAUCCCCUCCACAGUGAUCCACCCGGCAGUGGUGCGCCUUGGSCUCCAGUACUCCCAGGGCAUCAUCAAUGGCUCCAACGCCCGCUGCAUUGCGCUGCUGGAAGUCUUCAAACAGCUGAUCCGGGAUUACUCCACUCCCCCCAAUGAGGAGCUGUCACGGGACUUGGUGGCCAAACUGAAGCCACACAUCAGUUUCCUGAACCAGUGCCGGCCACUCUCAGCCAGCAUGGGCAACGCCAUCAAGUUUCUCAAGAAGGAGAUUUCCUGCCUGCCUGACACCCUGAGAGAGGAGGAGGCAAAGGAGAAGCUCCAGGACAUCAUUGACAAAUACCUGCGAGAGAAGAUUGUCCUGGCAGCUGAAGCCAUCUCAAGGUCUGCCUUUGAAAAGAUCAAUGACCACGAUGUGAUCCUGGUGUAUGGAUGUAAGAAGGGCCGUGCGUUCCGUGUGAUCGUGGUGGACAGCCGGCCGCGCCUGGAGGGRCGGGAGACGCUGCGCCGCCUGGUCCGGAAGGGAAUCCACUGCACCUACGUGAUGAUCAACGCCAUCUCCUACGUGCUGCCUGAGGUGUCCAAAGUGCUGCUGGGAGCCCACGCGCUCCUGGCCAAUGGCUCUGUCAUGUCCCGGGUGGGGACGUCGCAGAUUGCACUGGUCUCCAAGGCCUACAAUGUGCCUGUCCUGGUCUGCUGCGAGACCUACAAGUUCUGCGAGCGGGUGCAGACAGAUUCUUUUGUCUCUAACGAGCUGGAUGACCCUGAUGACCUCAUUGUGCUCCGGAAGGGCCAGGCCCAGCUUGGGGACUGGGCAGAAAACAAGUCCCUGCGCCUUCUUAACCUGGUCUAUGAUGUGACACCCCCAGACCUGGUGGAUUUAGUCAUCACAGACUUGGGCAUGAUCCCCUGCACCUCAGUGCCUGUGGUUCUGCGUGUCAAAAAUGUGGAUCAGUAGUCGGACCAGCUGCACAGACGUUAAUAAACCAGGCCCCCAGUACCCCGCUUGUACCAUCUGUGGUGUGGCAGAGCCCUGACACCUGUGUCAUCCAUGUCACACUGGCACAGCUCUGCCCCUUCUUUAGGGCCUGCUGRUCCCAGACCCUCUCCUCCCACUCCAGGCCUGCAGCAGGGAUGGGUCUCCCCUAUUCUUAGGCUGCUCCUCUGGAAAGGUGUCGUGAUGGCCCCUGGCUUACCCUGCUGGGAGCUUUGGUGACACUCAGGCUGUCCCCAGAGCUGGGCUGGUGGGGGAGAGCCUCAGUCCCUCUGGCUGUGGCUUCUGGCACCAGCCCCAGAGAGGGCCCUUAUUUUGGGGGGCUGGCCGGGCAGCGGGCGGUGCCCGGGACAGUGAGGCUGUGGGGAAGCUCCACCGGUGCCCCAUGGCCGGAGCGGGACCAGCG